AAAUUUGCCGGAUACAUAUAUGUAUCGCGAUACAAUGUAUAUAUAGUCAAGAAUUGGAUAUCUGUUCAAGUAUGUGUGUGGUGAAAUAGAGAACGUGUCGGUAUGUGAGAGGUGAAAUGGAGAACGUGCCGACCAUUAACGAGCAAUCUUUCUACUAACUGCAUACAACUUAAAAGAGGUAGAGCCAUCAUCAGUCAUUAUAUGUUUUGAGAAGAAAUUUGAAAUUCACGAAAAAUGUCUGAAAUAAAUCCAGAAGUACUCAAAGUAUUUGGCUUUUGGAGUAGCAUUUUGGUUCUGAAAAUGCUGGCGAUGGUGCCGUUAACUGCACGACAGCGAUAUCGAAAACACAUACUGGCAAGUCCAGAAGAUGGUGUCUUCAUAAGUAAAGGCAAAGCUGUUUACAAUGAUCCAGAUGUGGAGCGUGUACGUAGAGCACACUUGAACGAUUUGGAAAACGUUCUUCCUUGGUUCAUAAUCACGUACUUUUGGCUAGGAACAGGACCUUCACCAUGGUUGGCCAAAACUUUGAUACAAACCUUUGUACUUUCCCGUAUAGGUCACACUAUAUCAUAUGUAAUUUUUCAACAACAACCUCUCAGAGCGAUAACUUUUGCUGUGGCAUUUGGAAUUACAGGUUACGAAACAUUUAAGACAUUAUUGUACUAUUACUAAUUGCUUAGGUAUACAUAAAUCGUGAAAUAAGCACAUAUAGCUAUACAACAACAAAUUACAUAACAUUCUUUUAAUAUUUGGAGAUAAAACAAUUUUCGUUAUA